UGUAGAAGAAGAAGAAGAAGAAGAAGAAGAAGCAGGCGACGAGGAAGAAGAAGACAGUAAAGAAGAAAAAAGAAAGAAGAAGAAAAAAGCCAAAAUAAUAAUAAGUAAACACGACGAAGUAACGAAAGUACAAGAAAACCGACGAACAACUGACUCUUGAAACACAAGUCACUGCGUUGGAGAUGAAUACUCAGUACUUAGUUUGAGUUGUGGGAUCUGUCACCAUCUGGAACUGGUCACUGAUAUUGAGGAAAUGAGACCAAUUUUUAGGGCAACCCGAGUCUCACUCUUUCUUCAAUUAAAGAUGUUGGCAGAGAGAAUGGACCUACGUCAUCACUCUCUAUGAGGUUCCAUUCUCACAGCACUUAGAGAGAAGACUGUCGUAAAAAAUGGACAAAGAGUUAUCUGAGAGGGAAAUUGAUAGCAUAACAGGAACUGAGGAGGAGACACUAGAUGGCAGUCACUUGUGUGACGAUCCCAUUUCUGUGACCAGGCCUACUCAAUGGAAAGUUAGAGUAACUGAGGGGGACUGUGAGCAAACACCUAAGGAGAAAAAUAUAACCUGUCUCAUACGUAACCCUCAAGAUACCCCAAAUGAAGUCACUCCAGGAGACUCAGGAAUUGGCAGCGCUGAAAAUUGGGAAUCUACUGAGGCCAAAAAUGAUACUGAGGAGGUUUCAAACAAGUUAGAAAAGCAGACAGCCAAGAGUAAGGAGAAGACACCGUUUAUAGAUGAGGAAGAGGAUGAUGGUCAAGAAGGAAGCCAAAAUGAAGCUAUAAAGGAGCAGUGUAUGAAUGGGGAGUCUAGUUGGAGGAACUCAGGAACUGGCAAGAGGUGCAGAUCCAAGCACAAUGGAGGGGUAUUGUUUUCAGAACAGAGCAGUCACAUUUCAUCCAGUGCUUUUUCCUCUACCUCCUUUCAAAAAUCAAAUUUUGUAUCAAGUGGUGGUAGGCACAAGCAGACCCGGAGACGUAACCACCAUCAUCAACAGAGUAAGGGCCGUAGGCGAACUGGCACUCAGCUCGCCUCGGCCUUCAAAGAGCUGCUGUCAGAGUUGCUUGGCUUCUGGUGCAUCUCAUACAUCCAUAUGAUAAUUGAACUAAUUGUCACUCUUACACACCAUUGUGGAGUUGGUGUGGAGACUGGAGGGGUGAAACUGUACAACUUGGGUCUGCAGCUCCUUGUGAAGGUCACUGAUAUCCCUGGGAUGAAAGCAGAUGCUAGAAGAAUUUUGGUAUGGACGAUAAGCACGGGAACAGAGCUGUUUGAUAAGAGUGUGAGGUCAGUGAAGUGGGUAAAACGGGCUGCCUUAAUGUGCUUUGGACUUGGCUGGGUGUUAAUACUUCUGGGAUCCCAGAGGGCAAAAAGUGUUCUCAUUCGACUUGGUGGAGAGAGAGGUAAACAAUGUUUGGCUGCCUUACAAGUCUCGACGUUCUGGAAGAGGGCCGCCCCCAUACUGGGGAAAGUCAUGAAUUGCUUCAGGAGAGAUGGCCAUGUGCCUCCAGCCAACCCUGAGUCACCCAGUGGGACAGGGAAAUGCCAGCCAGGUCAAGAACUUGAAAGAUUACUGGCCUUUACAGGAGUACCAGAGGACGAACUUGACCCCUUUACAGUGCUUGGAGUAGAGUUUCAUGCCACUGAGGCUGAGUUGAAGAGGGCCUACAGACAGCUGGCUGUCCAGGUCCACCCUGACAAGAAUAAACACCCGCGUGCUGGAGAGGCAUUUAAGGUACUGAGGGCAGCAUGGGAUAUUGUCAGUAACCCUGAAACACGGAGGGAGUAUGAACUGAAACGUAUGGCAGACACUGAGCUCUCCAAGUCCAUGAAUGACUUCCUCACCAAACUGCAAGAUGACCUAAAGGAAGCCAUGAAUACAAUGAUGUGUACCAAGUGUGAAGGCAAGCACAAGAGGUUCGAGAUGGAUCGAGAGCCUGCUGAGGCUCGGUUUUGUGCAGAAUGCAAAUGUUGUCAUUGUGCUGAGGAAGGAGACCUGUGGGCAGAGUCCAGUAUGUUGGGCUUACGGAUCACCUACUUUGCCUGCAUGGAUGGCAAGGUUUAUGACAUUACAGAGUGGGCAGGCUGCCAGAGAAUAGGAAUUUCUCCUGACACACAUCGUGUGCCCUAUCACAUCUCCUUCGGUUCCAAGAACAACAGCAGCUCCUCACGACAGCGAACGUCCUCAGAGCAAGCCACAAGUCAACCCACAAGCAACCCCGCUGAUUUGCAGGACUUCCUCAACCGCAUCUUCCAGGGAAGGCCUGCCAAUGACAUGGCUGCCAACGGAGGCUUCUUCCCUUCAGCCCCACCCCAACAUCACCCUCCUGGUGCUGGAGCUAACCCGUUCUCCUGUCCCUCAGCCCAAACAAGUUUUUUCAUGCCGGGGGGUCAGAGGUCUGAGCCCAAUGAGUCAUGGACUGAAACCGGCAAGCCUCCUCGCAGAAGGAAAAAGGUUCGCAAGCCAUUUCAGAGGUGAAAUCUGUUGGCAUCUUGAUUCAUCACCAUAGCAAAACAGACAAACAAAUAAUGGCAUUGUUUGUCUCUUGCAUGCCUGUGGCCGUGCCAAGAUCUGCCCCUUCAUGAGUUGAACUCAGGAAGAUUUGUGUGGGUUGGGUUGCCAUUAUGAGUCAACAUGGCAUCAGCCAAAGGAGAGAGAGAGAGAGGAACCAUUUACCUGGGAAUGGUGUUUUGAAUGGGGGGUUAGGAGGUGGCAGUGAUGGUUUUGUGUUGCCCCUCAAUUCAUGUUUUUGUUGGUCUUGUAGAUGACUGUAGCCUUUCCGUUGACCUCUUUCAGAAUGCUGUAAUAAAACAUUUUCCUGUCUUUCCUGCAAAGUCCUGCAUUGCAUGCAAGAUUUAUUCACUUGCAUUUUAUCAUUUGUUUUCAUAAUUGUUUGAAUUUGAUAAGUUGGUUUCACAUCAGGUAUUAGUUCAGUUUGUAACCUGCAGAGAGAGUAGAGGCCAGUUACAAUUCAUUCUGACUUGCCACUAUCAAAGUAUGUCGUGUUGGGCUGCUUCACUGCUUCAGCAUUGCUUCAAAUCUCACAUUUGUGCUGUGCGUUUAACUUUUGGAACUGCAACUAACCCAACCGAUUUCAACAUUUCAAACCGACUACUGCCUAGUCAUCUGUUCCAAAUCUACAAAUACUAGAAGUACAGAUGAAUGACUGGAGGCAGUAUGGUUCUUACUCAGUUUAUUGAAAGAACGCUUCACAUAACAUAACAUUGCAGUGUUUUGCAUUACACACAUUUAAAGAUUGAAAAAGUGCACUUCUCAAGGAAGCAACAAUGGUAGAUUAGCAUUGUUAGCUUGGCAUUGCUAGCUUAGCAUUAAUAGCUUAGCAUUAAUAGCUUAGCAUUGCUAGCUUAGGUGUGGUGUUGGCUCAGUAGCACACUAACAUUAGCUGAUAAGCCAAAAAAUGGUGAUGGUUAAGUUCAUAAACAGAGGCCAAAUCAUUACUGCCCCUGUUGCCUUCUGGUUAACGGGCAAAGUUGAUGUCAGCAGCUGUUUGCUGUCACUUACGUUACUUGGGUAGAGUCUGUGGAAUUUAUAAUAUUUGAAUUGUUUGUAGAGAUUGCUUUUCAUUUACUACAAAAUUAUUUCUGUACCCUGACAUGGAAUUUUGAAUUUGAAGCAAUAGUAAAAUACAUUUCUGAAAAGAAGGG